AAAUAAGUGGGAGGUUCCCGGAAAAAUUGCUAACCGGAAGGGAAGGCCAGACCCCGAGAAGCAGAAGACAGCCGCUGCCGAUGAGGCCAGAAAAAGAAGAGAAAGUAAUCUCCCAUAAGUGAGGCAUCGUCUCCCCCGCCAAAGGCUACCUGCAUGACCUGAACCUACCUGUGUCUACCCCCCAGCUUCACCAUCCUUCUGCACUAAAACCCAAAGCCUUUAGUCGACCCUCCUCCCCCUCCCCAGCACCUUCCAACUUCUCACUUUUCAACACAUCAGUAUGGCGGGGCGAGGCGGACCGGCACGGACCAACGGCACCGCCGCAAGCAACAAGAUCUGUCAGUUUAAGCUAGUGCUUCUGGGAGAAUCGGCAGUGGGAAAGUCCAGCUUGGUACUGCGCUUCGUCAAAGGCCAGUUCCACGAGUACCAGGAGAGCACCAUCGGAGCUGCCUUCCUCACACAGACAGUAUGUUUGGACGAUACAACAGUCAAGUUUGAGAUUUGGGACACUGCAGGACAAGAGCGAUAUCACAGCUUGGCACCUAUGUACUACAGAGGAGCCCAGGCUGCCAUYGUUGUCUUUGAUAUCACCAACACAGAUACAUUCACACGUGCAAAAAACUGGGUGAAGGAGCUCCAGCGACAAGCCAGUCCCAACAUUGUUAUCGCACUGGCAGGAAACAAGGCCGACCUGGCCAACAAAAGAGCCGUAGAUUUCCAGGAAGCACAAGCAUACGCAGACGACAACAGUUUGCUCUUCAUGGAAACUUCAGCCAAGACUGCUAUGAAUGUUAAUGAGAUUUUUAUGGCUAUAGCCAAGAAGCUCCCGAAGAACGAGCCUCAGGGUGGAGCGGGCGCCGGCGGACGGGCCAGAGGUGGCGUGGACCUGCAGGAAGCAGCGCCACAGGGCAGAAGCGGCCAUUGCUGUGGGGGCGGGAACUAACUCAAAACAAUAAAUCAGCUGACCCGAUCACACCUCGGCUUCGAUCAACCAGACCAGAUAUUAGCCAGCUGUCAAACGACGUCCCGUUGGUCAAACCAAACCACGGUCAGACCAGCUCUCCUCUCAGCACCAUUUUACCGUUUGGCAAACGAGUCCACUGGCCAGUAAACUGCAAGACCCCACCGAUGGUUCCAACAGACCCAGAAAUCAACCCAAACAGGCCUAGUUACAGAAUCAGACUUGCCAAUCCAUGACUUCUCUUUUUUGAUGAACACUUGACGUCACCUUGGAGGGAAAAUAAAAUAAAUUACGGGAAAAAAAUCCCAUUCAUGGAAGGAUUAAAUAAAAAUAAAAUAAAUAAAACAGUCAUUACCAACUGCACACCAUCUUGUUCACUUUUCUGUGUUUGUGUAGAGGAAAAUAAUCCAGGAGGAAGGAAUAAAAGCUGUCCUUUCGCUGCUAGUACUCGCUUUUCCAACGCAUCAGAAAUAUUUCAUCGUGGUCAUAUGUUAAAGCAAGGUGUGUGCAGCAUCUUUCACCUUUUUUUUGACUUGUUCCUGAUCAGCUUAAUGAAUGAGAUUAGGAAAACGUUUCCACUGGGGGAGCACGAGCAGACAAGUUUUUCUUUAUAGAGCUGUGUAGCUUGAUUACAUUAACAUUGGUAUUGCUACUAUUACUGUAUUUGCUUCGACGCAGGCUGCUCACCAUGAUUUUAAAACCUCGACUUCAAAAGGUUUUACAGUCGUUGGUCUGUCAUCAAACCACAUACAGUAAAUGAACCUUUAUUAACAUUUUCCAUACAUAAUUUUAGCAUUAAUGUAAUAUUUUUGAAUGAUCUGUGUGACAUGGCAAAAACAUAAAGCAAGAUUUGUUUUGUUGACCAAAUUGCAUCUGCAUUGAAAACACAUUUCUGUAUUUGUAACAGACUUUUCAAGUUUAUAAUCGAUCUGUAGUUAUUGUCAGAAAAUAUCUUCCCAAUCUUUACACAUUUGUCAAAUUUUUUUAUAUAUCUUAAUUUGUUUUCCCUCUGGAAAUGUAUGAUAUUAAAUGCACUGGUUCUGUCUCAUCAGCCUUGUGAAUUUGAGUUGUUAUACUUGGCUUUUCUCCUUUUUUUUUUUUGUCUCGUUAAUUUUACUAAUCGGUUCAGGAAGAGAAUGGCUUCUAAAGUGUUGUCGUCCUGUUACCACAUCAACAAUUAGCACAGAAUUAUCUGAAAAACAUUACGCACUGCUGUAAGGUGAUAUGAGGAUAACAGAGGUGGGUAGAGAAAGCAGAAGGAAAAUGUCAUUUUUAUGAAUAAACAAGGGAAAGGUA